CAGAGAGCAGCAGACAUGAUGAACAACACGUCUCAACAUAACUUCAUCAUGCACCACCACAUGGAGCUGAGCGCCCUCACCAUGUACAGCGAGAACAGCACCAACAGCGCCAGGGAGCAGAACUCUACGACCUGCUCGCUCCGCAUUCCACAGGAGCUGUUCCUGACGCUGGGCCUCAUUAGUCUGGUGGAGAACAUUUUAGUGGUGCUGGCCAUCAUCAAGAACCGCAAUCUGCACUCGCCCAUGUACUACUUCAUAUGCUGCCUGGCCGUCUCCGACAUGCUGGUCAGCGUCGCCAACGUGGUGGAGACCAUAGUCAUGUUGCUCACCGAACACGGGCUGCUAAUUGUCACACCUGAAAUGCUGCGGCAACUAGACAACGUCAUCGACAUCAUGAACUGCAGCUCCGUGGUAUCGUCGCUGUCCUUCCUGUGCACCAUCGCCGCGGAUCGAUACAUCACCAUAUUUUACGCGCUGCGUUACCACAGUAUCAUGACCACGCAGCGCGCCGUGACCAUCAUCGCGAUGGUGUGGCUGACCAGCAUCACCGCCAGCAUACUUUUUAUCGUCUACCACUCGCACACCGCCGUCAUUGUAUGCCUCGUCACCUUCUUCUGCAUCACUCUUGUCUUCACCGCAGUGCUCUACAUGCACAUGUUCAUCCUGGCGCACGUGCACUCGCGGCGCAUCAUGGCCAUCUACAAGUCUCGCCGCCAGGGCACGAGCAUGAAGGGCGCCAUCACGCUCACCAUCCUGCUAGGGGUUUUCAUCCUCUGCUGGGGACCCUUCUUCCUCCACCUUAUUCUCAUCCUCACCUGCCCCACGACCCCCUUCUGCACCUGCUUCUUCAGCUACUUCAACCUCUUUCUCAUCCUCAUCAUCUGUAACUCGCUCAUCGACCCGCUCAUCUACGCCUACAGGAGCCAGGAGCUGCGCAAGACACUCAAGGAGCUGCUCUUCUACUCCUGCGUCACCUUUCGGUGCGAUUCCAUACUUGAGUGUCUAUUUCCAUGGAAGUUCACGCUCUGUGUGAAGACAAAGCAAGCCCAGACGUCCAAAGAGACUAAUGGCCCGUCACAAUCGUGUUUCUGGAAAUCAGAAUACACGACUACUGGAACAGAGGCAAUUUACAGUAUGACGUCAGCAAUUGGUGGAACAUACUACCCGUUUCGCCACACAGCAGACCUGCGCAAGAUAAAACCUCCACUCAGCACAUACCAAACCCUUUGCUUCCGUGUGCAACUGGGACCAGCGCCCUCUUCGAGUCGCUCACAACAGUCAACUCGCCCACAUCCACAAGAAGACGAACAUAACACACAGGACAGGAUGAGGGAAAUCGUUCACCUUCAAGCCGGCCAAUGUGGCAACCAGAUCGGAGCCAAGUUCUGGGAGGUGAUCAGUGAUGAACAUGGCAUCAGCCCUACAGGGAACUAUGAGGGCGACUCCCCACUGCAGCUGGAGAGGAUCAGUGUCUACUACAAUGAGGCCUCAUCCUCUAAGUACGUCCCCAGGGCCAUCCUAGUAGACCUGGAGCCAGGAACUAUGGACAGUGUUCGCUCUGGGACCUACGGACAACUCUUCAGACCAGACAACUUCAUCUUCGGUCAGAGUGGAGCUGGUAACAACUGGGCUAAGGGCCACUACACAGAGGGGGCAGAGCUGGUGGACUCAGUACUGGAUGUAGUCAGGAAGGAAUGUGAGAACUGUGACUGUCUCCAGGGCUUCCAGCUCACCCACUCCCUGGGAGGGGGCACAGGCUCUGGCAUGGGGACCCUGCUCAUCAGCAAGAUCCGGGAAGAGUACCCUGACCGAAUCAUGAACACCUUCAGCGUGGUGCCCUCCCCUAAAGUAUCAGACACAGUGGUGGAGCCCUACAACGCCACCCUGUCCAUCCAUCAGCUGCUGGAGAACACAGACGAAACCUACUGCAUUGACAACGAGGCGCUUUACGACAUCUGCUUCCGCACGCUCAAGCUCCCCACGCCCACCUACGGAGACCUCAACCACCUGGUGUCGGCCACCAUGAGCGGUGUUACUACCUCCUUCCGCUUCCCCGGCCAGCUCAAUGCUGACCUCCGCAAACUGGCUGUCAACAUGGUGCCCUUCCCCCGUCUGCACUUCUUCAUGCCUGGCUUCGCCCCCCUCACGGCGCGUGGCAGUGCGUGCUACAAUGCACUGUCUGUGCCUGAGCUCACCCAGCAGUUGUUUGACGCCAAGAACAUGAUGGCCGCUUGCGACCCGCGUCACGGACGCUACCUGACCGUGGCCAUGGUGUUCCGUGGUCAGAUGUCUAUGAAGGAGGUGGACGAACAGAUGUUGGCCAUCCAGAGUAAGAACAGCAGCUACUUCGUUGAAUGGAUCCCCAACAACGUGAAAGUGGCCGUCUGUAACAUCCCGCCCCGUGGUCUCAAGAUGUCCGCCACCUUUAUCGGGAACAACACAGCCAUCCAGGAGCUGUUCAAGCGCAUCUCCGAGCAGUUCACCGCCAUGUUUCGCCGCAAGGCCUUCCUGCACUGGUACACCGGAGAGGGCAUGGACGAGAUGGAGUUCACCGAGGCAGAGAGCAACAUGAACGACCUGGUGUCAGAGUACCAGCAGUACCAGGACGCCACCACCGAGGAGGAGGGAGAGAUGUAUGAAGACGAUGAGGAAGAGUCGGAGAGCCAGGCCCGGUGAACACCUUGGAAGAAGAGCCAAGCUUGUGUAAACCCAGCCAACAGAGCUUUGUCUAUGUGUAGCAAGGUUGUUAUCUGCCUCAUGUACACUGUACUGUAUAACCCUCCCUCCCUAUUACCCCCCCUGCUCUCACUGUCUUUGCUAACUGUUAGCCCCACCCCACUUCCCUUAGCCCUCUGACCAACUCAUGGCCUCCUGUUGAUUUAUCCUGUUGAUAAAAACCUCCCAGACAGACCACUAAGUUGAAUGAGUGAAAUAAAGUGUCUCAAACUGAUGACGAAUAGCCCUUAAUUUCUAAUAAUAAACAUGUUCAAGCCUA